ACUGUUGCAUAUAACCCUUUCUUUUUCCUCGCUCCGCCCACCCCCACUCAAAUUUCCUCUAGUCUUUUCCUCUGUUUUUUUCCCCCAUUUUUUUUUAUCCUUUGCAUUGCAAGGCAUCUCCUCUACCAAUCUUCGACUAGCCAUAGAGAUCUAGAGCCUUUAUCACCAUAUUUGAGCAUAUGCAGCCAUAUUGAUUUUCAAUCUACUCCAUAAGAAAAAGGGUCUAAAUAAUUCUUGGCUUAAAUAAUUCUUGGCUUUGCAUUCACUGGUGCCAAGUCAACAACUGAGCUUCUCCAAGGCUGAAUUUUACCCAUUUAGGAGUUGAAAUUUAUACAUGUAGCUACUGCCUUCUUGUCCGAAUUUUCUAUCGAAACAGGGAAAGAAUUGGCAGUAAAAUAAAUGUGUUGUAAACUUGAUUAUGUAGAAUUUAGCUUGAUUUGGCUGCUAUGAUUUCUGGAGAGAAAUCCCGUGUGUGAGUGUGGUUUUGCCAAGCCAUUUUCUCCAUUUUUCUAUCCCGGGAGUGGAAGCCAUAUGCAUGGGUGUUGUAUGUAUAUAUAUAUAUAUAUGUAAUUGUGUAUAUAUACACAAUUCGGUUGUGAUGCCCAAAUUUGAAGAAAAUAAAUAAAUAAGUUCUGGAUCCUUCGAUCACUUUAGUGUGUGGAUUGAGUCUUCGGUUUUAUGCGAGUGAGGUAAGUAAAUUUAUGGUAAAGCCCUUUGAUUUUAAAGCAUAUUUUAAACUAUUUUUGAGAUGGUGACAAGGUUUAAAUUGAUUUUAUCAGCAUCUGAGUGUGAUUAAACUGAAAUGAAAAUUGUGAUGAUUUUUAUGAAAAUUAUUAUUUUCUGGAAUUGAGCAGGAUUGGAAUGAAAAUGAGAAUUUCAUUGUUUUUCUGGAGUUGAGCAUGCCCACAUGAAAUUGUUUUCAUUUGCAUUGAAUAAAGCAUGCCUAUUUGGAAUUGACUGAACUGCUUUGAUAAAUUGAAAAUUUUGUAAGUUUUGAGUUUUCUGUUAAAUCCACGCUCACAUGGAAAUUUUUCGAUUUAUUCUAAAAUUUGAGAUUGAUUAUGAAUUACGAAUUUUUCUGUAAAUCUUGCAUGGUUUUGUCUCUGAUAUAGUCAUGAUUACUGACGCCCGCCAGUGGGAGUUUGUAAACGUUGGCACAUGUCGACAUGUUUACUGAUAUGACCGAUUCAUUCUGUAAUCCUACCAAUGGGAUAAGACAUUGUACUUCUGUAACCCUGCCAAUGGGGUUAAAUAUUGGUUAUUACUGACGCCUGCCAGUGGGGGUUGUUAAACACUGGUACCAUUACUGACGCCUGCCAGUGGGAGUUUGUUAAACACUAGCCAUGACUUAUAGACGAGACUACUGAUGAGUUUUAUUAUGCAUUAACGGUUUGUCAUGGAACGCUUUGCUAUUGAACUGAAUUUGAUUCUGCAUUAACGGUUUAUUAUUGAACGUUUUGUUAUGUUAAACUAUUUGUCAGGCAUGCACUAAAAUUUUACCCAAGGGCUAUCCAUAUUUACUCACUGAACUAUCUCAUAGUUUUCCUUGUUCACCAUUUCAGGAAGCGAAACUGAGGAUUGGGAAACAAAGUGGGAGUGACGAGGUAGAAGGCUAGCCAUUCUAAUUGGGUAUAAGUUUUAGAUUUAUCAUCCUUUUAUAAGGUAGAUUUAUUCUUGAGAUUUUGUGAUUUGAAAAAGUUCCGAACCUUAUGCACUUGUGGGACCCAUCUCACGAGUGCACAGCGUCUACCACGUCUCCAGAUUUGGGUUCUGGGGCGUGACAGUAAUGCUGAUGUGCAUGCAAUUAGCUUUUGUAAGAAUGGAAUCAAGGCAUGGAAAGAUGGUGAUGUCCUUAAAUGAAAAGAAUAAAAAAGUGUAAAAGGA